AUGAAGUCGAUUGAUGAUGUUAAGAUGCUUGAUAAAGAUUGGGUGCGUGAUAACAGACUUACUGUGGAGUAUAUGCAAAGCGCUCAGAAAUUUGUAAAAACAGUUGAAAAGAAUUUUGGUUAUCCGGAGAAGCUGUUGUGCCCUUGCAAAGAAUGUCGAAACUUAAGUCAUCAACGUGGUAACAUUGUUUAUGAACACUUGGUAAUCAAUGGUAUGGAUCCAACAUACACUACUUGGUUUCAUCAUGGGGAAGAAGUAAACACAAAUGAAGAGUUGGAAAACGUUGACAAGAAUGACAUAUAUGAGUUAUACAAGGCUGCCUAUGGCGAUGAGAAUGAUUAUAUAGAACAAUCGCAAGAACAUAGGUUAGAGGAGUUAAAUGAAAAAAUGAAUGAUUGGUUAGAACCAUUAUAUCCCGGUUGUUCAAAAUACAACAAGUUGUCUGCCGUUGUUGCCUUAUUCAAACAUAAGACCAUGAAUGGAUGGUCUGAUUGUAGUUUUGACGGAUUGCUAGAGUUAUUGCAUGACAUGUUACCUGAACCUAAUGUGUUGAUAAGGUCGACGUAUAAAGUACGAAAGUUUAUGAGAGAAUUUCAUCUAGGGUAUGAAAAGAUUCAUGCUUGCCCUAACGAUUGUUGUUUGUUUAGAAAGGAUAAGGCAGAUCUUGAUAAAUGUCCAAGGUGUCAUGCUUCAAGGUGGAAGGUUGACAAACAUACCAAAAAAGCUAAAGUUGGUGUUCCUGCUAAAGUCUUGAGAUAUCUUCCGAUAAUUCCUAGGUUCAAGGCGAUGUUCAAGAGUGAAAAGAUGGCUCAUCAUCUAAGGUGGCAUUCCAAUAAUAAAAGGGGUGAUGGAAAGAUGCAUCACCCGGUUGACUCUCCAGCAUGGCAACUAGUGAAUGAAAAGUGGCCUACGUUUGCAAAUGAAGCACGCAAUCUUAGACUUGGAUUGUCCACAGAUGGAUUCAAUCCGUUUGGUAAUUUAAGCUCAACUUAUAGUUGUUGGCCAGUGAUGCUUGUGAUAUACAACUUGCCACCAUUUUUGUGCAUGAAAAAAGAAAACAUCAUGCUAACAUUAUUAAUCCCAGGGUCUAAACAACCUGGCAAUGAUAUUGACAUUUACCUACAACCUCUCAUAGAAGAUUUACAAGAGUUGUGGAACAAUGGAGUCAGUGUUUUUGAUUCAUUUGACAAGGAGGUUUUCAAUUUAAGGGCAAUUUUAAUGUGGACAAUAAAUGAUUUUCCAGCCUAUGGAAAUCUUAGUGGUUGCUAUACAAAAGGUAGAUUAGCGUGUCCUUUAUGUGUUGACAAUACUCGAGCAAUGUGGUUGCCCUUUAGUAGGAAGUUUGUAUUCAUGGGUCAUAGGAGAUUUCUAUCACCAAGUCAUCCCUUCCGAACGAAAAAGUGUUGGUUCGAUGGAAAUGUAGAAAAAGAAAGUAAACCAAGAAUAAUGACCGGUAGAAGAAUGUAUGAACAACUUAAGGACUUUGUGAAUGAUUGGGGGAAAGUUAAUAUGGAUAUUUUUGAGAAUGAAGUUAUGAAAGGGCAUGGGAGAGGAGGUAAAAAAGUUGUUAAGAAAGUCCAUCCUAAACGCAAGAGAGUCGAGGUGAAGGAUGUGGAUAUGGAGAAGCAACAACUAUGGAAGAAAAGAUCACUUUUUUUUUACCUACCUUAUUGGCAGGAUUUGGCUUUGCGACACAACUUGGAUGUGAUGCACAUAGAGAAAAAUGUGUGCGAAAGCAUUUUAAAUACGUUGUUGCAUUUACUACCAGUAGCCUUGAGAGGGUUGUUGCCAAAAGCUCCCAGAAAUGCGCUACUUAGUUUGUGUCUUUUCUUUAAUAGGCUAUGCCAGCGUGUCAUCGAUGGAGAAAAGAUGAUAGAACUUGAAGAAGAAGUUGUAGAAACGUUAUGCUUGUUGGAGAGAUUUUUCCCACCAUCAUUCUUUGAUAUAAUGGUACAUUUAGUGAUUCAUUUAGGAAGGGAAGCUAGACUCUGUGGACCUGUUCAAUUUCGUUGGAUGUAUCCUUUUGAAAGGUACAUGAUGACUCUUAAGGGAUACGUUCGGAAUCGUGCUCGACCGGAAGGUUGUAUUGUAGAGUGUUAUCUUGCAGAUGAGUGCAUGGCAUUUUGCAACGAUUUCAUAAAGCAAAAAGUUGAUAUUUAUCACCGUGGAUGUCGAAAUGAAGAAUUUUCUAAUGACAUAAUUCUUGAAGGGCGUCCACUUUCGUUUUUGUGCAUCAUUGUCUUACUUCCUAUUGCAAUGGUGUCAUGUUUGCAAUUUCAGAAAACUAGGCGAGAGAAGCUCAAGAAGCAGUUUGGCAAGGUUAAAUGGUGGAAGUUUUAA